AUGAGCAUCUUCUCGCCUCCCGACUCCCCUCACGCACCUCCCUCAUUCCUCUACCAGCUCAUAUACCACCCUCUGACCACCUGUUUUACCUUCUUCCACCACAUCCUCCUCUAUCUCCGCGGUCCCCCCUACAUCACGCCCAAAAACAAAAUCCCUAUCCGCGUCGUCUGCCUCUCCGACACCCACAGUCAGAUCCCACGCACUGCCAUCCCCAAGGGCGACCUGCUCAUCCACUCCGGUGACCUGACAAACAACGGCACGCUCUCCUCCAUCCAGCAGACGAUAGACUGGCUCAAAACACUCCAAAAGCCAUGGCCGGGUUCGUCAGACGGAUUUCGCCAUAUCGUGGUGGUGGCGGGAAACCACGAUAGCUAUUUUGACGAGCGCAGCCGUGGUGCGCAGGACAAGAGCCGUUCCUACCGCAAGCUUGACUGGGGGAAAAUCCACUACCUACAGCAUUCGUCCGUUACACUCCAUUUCCCUGGUCCUCGCUCCCUGAAUGUCUACGGUGCUCCGCAGAUCCCUCAGUGCGGUGGCAAGGAGAUGGCCUUUCAGUAUAGCAGAGGCCAGGAUGCGUGGAGCGGUACCAUCCCCGAAGAUGUGGACGUUCUAGUCACGCAUAACCCGCCGAAAUGGCACCUUGACCUGCCUACCAGUGGAGGGCUGGGUGACGAGUUCGAGCUGAAGGAAGUCUGGCGCGUCAAACCGACGCUGCAUGCUUUUGGGCAUAUCCAUUCUGGCCACGGCGUUGAUCCCGUCUGGUGGGACGAAAGCCAGCGUGCUUUUGAAGAGUUUCUGGCCGCGGCGUAUAAUAAGCCCGCAGAGACUCCCGCGAGUCAUCGCAUGCCCCUGGCCGAGCUGCUGGAUUUGCCGCUGUGGGCGAAAGGGUUCCAAUGCACGAUUGCAGAUGUAAGAGGUCUUCUGUGGACACGGCUGUGGGGAGGAGCACGACAGGGAGGAUACAUGGUGAACGGCUCACUGGCGCAUCAGACGACGACCCGGUUGCUGAAUAAACCCCGAGUUGUGAAUCUGUAG